GGAGCAGAGCACAGCUGUUCUGGGCCGUUCUGGCUUUUUGGACUCUGGUAUCGCGUUAGUUUUGUUUCAUACAUCAGCCUGACAGCUAGCUGUGUCUCUGGUUGCUUCCGGCUCUUUAGCUGCAUCUUUCCGCAGCUCGCGUUGCUCUUUUUCGGCGGCUGUCUCGUGCAGUGUGUGCGUGUUCACGGGAGGAUGGUUUUGUCAACAUCACAACAAGUCGCCCUGGCUUUCACGGCGGUGCUUUUCACGUUUGUAGUCCUGCCGAGGUUGUUCGGCGUCGGUGGCGGGGCCGGGGCGAAGGAGACGAGGUUUGACCCUCGCUACAGCAGAAAAGCAGGUCCGGGCCCGGGCGCAGUGAGAGGCCAGCCCAUCAACUCGAACGCUCCUGGCUCGCCUCAGUCCGCCGAGAACAUGCAGCAGAUGAAGAAGCUGAUGGAGCAGGAGCUGAAGGGCGACAAGUUCAAAUCCAACAGCAACAAGGGCUACGUGUUCACCCUCAUGCCCCUCUACGCCAUCGGGGUGGGAGUGUUUGCAGCCUACAAGUUUCUGAAGAUCAAGUCUGCAGACGACCAGGCACAGAAGGACAAAUUUACAAAAGGAGCCAAAAAGUCAGUGGAAGCAGAGAAUCAGUUGAAUGAACUUGAACAAAGGCUAGCACAAACCGAAAGGAUGCUUAAUUCCAUCCUCACCCAGCUGGACCCGCUUACUAAUUGCGUAAAGUCGGUGGCGCAAGACCAAAAGAACGAGAUCAUGAGCCAACUCCAGACCAUCCGGUACCUGAUGAAGAAGAGAGGAAUGGACUGUCCGCCACUGAACAUCAAUGAGUCAUCCUGUGAGCGUAACCUUGAUGAGCUCAUUGAGUCACUUGGGGCCAACGACACCUCGACAGCAGAUGCUUCUCUGGUGGACACGCGGCCCUCUGCUGGGACAGCUGCAGCAUCUGAAAAAGUCUAUCAAAAACCUUUAAAAGCUAAAGAUGAAGCCGCAACAGAAGGUGAAGACAUGAGGGAGCUAAUACCGGAGGAGUCUGACGGAGAAGCGGAGGAGGAGGAGGAGGAGGAAGAAGAAGAAGAAGAAGGGGAUGAGGAGGAAAUGGAAGUUGACAGAGGAGAGGAUGAGGAAGGAUUAGAGGAUUGUGAGAUCAUGCCUUCACUAGAGGAGUCUCCCGAGACAAACAUUGAGGAAGUCAGAGCGGAGCAGCCUGCGUCCGGCCUCAGGCGACGUAACAGGCCUGAAUGAACUUACUGCACUGUACAGAAAUUAUUAUUAAUAUUUAUUAUCCGAAAGGCUUUCAUUCCAAAAAUACUAUGUUAAUCUAUCUCCGUAUUCAUCACACAAACACAUCUAACACAUUCAUCCAAAACAAUAACUUCCAUAAAGGUAAGCUGUCUAAAAGUAAACACAUGGGGCUCUAUUUUCCUGUUGCCAGCACAAAACACCUGCUGUAGGUCACAUGAUCAGGGUCAACAAAAACAAAUCUGAGUGCACCUGCUCUUUUUUUCUAUACACUGUAGGUGUAGUGUUUGCAGAACAUUGCGUGAAGUGGGUUCAUUGGAUGAUGAUGUGCCUUUUUUAAAGCUGAAUUCAUGUUUGUGGUGAUAUACAGAUAGGGGAUACAUUAAUGAAAUGUGUGUUUGUCUCCAGAACAGCUUGUCAAAGAAGUCUCUUGAACUAUAACAGGAGGAUAUAAAGCAUUUAUUCAACAAAUGUUCCCUCAUUUGCUGUUAAAUAAUGGCCAAGCUACAUGUGUCAAAAAGCGCUCACUAGAGACACCUGGUGGUCAAAAGAAGUCACAGCAUAAGUCACAUCAUAAUAGGGGAAAAAAAGGAAAUACCUGAUUUUCAACACAAAACUAGCACAUCAUUGAUUUUCAUAUGCAAACCUGUUUCCUGUAUCUGCAUUCAUCACAUUUCUACACUCAUUCCUUCAGGUUUUUCCCUUUAGCUUGUAACCCAUCUGUAUGAUAAUGUGAUCCAGUCCACACAAUAACUGGAUGUGUGGUUAUAGUCUGCUCAUACAGUUUAAAUCAGCAAUUGAUGAUCUGUUACUACCUUCGUUCAAUACAGACUGCUUGAAUGAUAUUCCUGCUGUCAGUUAUGUUGAAUUAGUACUUUUGGUGUAAAUCCAAAUGCUUUAAAUGUUUCUACAAUCAUGUCUGAUUGAUAAAAUGAUUAAGUAAUCAUUUGUUGUGACAUUGUGCUGCGAAUACACCAGGAGACGAUGCAUAAAACUCAUAAGAUUCGCAACUUCAACUUUGCACAAAUACAGAAAUAUGCAUAUGCUUCAUUUCCAUCAGAUUUAUAAAGCUGUGUACUCAUGCUUGUUUUUUGUAUGUCAGUCAUUGUAAAACUGGUGCACAUGCAAGACAAGUCUCAUUCCCACGCCUGCAGUUAGCCAAAAGUGGAGGUAAACCUUUCCUUUUGACAAGGAAGAAGUUAUCAGCGGUUCUACUGCAUUGAUUUUAAUUCUUAAAACCCUUAAUCCUUUGCACAUCAACAUGCAUGCCUGCUCCACCACUUGUUAUACUUGUCAAAAAGAACAAUGCUGUUUAGACUGGCUGACGACAAACAAAAUUCUGCCUCGCCAUAUUUUCUAUCUCUACCUUAUAUUGCCUUCAACUUACUCUAAAAAAAUAUUUGUCAAUGUGUUGGAAAUGGCGUACGCUGGGUUUUUAUAUGUUUAAAUGUAUAUCACAAUGUUAAAAAGCCAAGUUGAUGUACCAACAGGGUUGUGGAUACCUCAACUUCUUGUUGCUCCUCUUACUUAUGCACCAUUUGUUCCAUAAGAGACAUGGGGAAAACCCAACAUAUAUUUGUUUGUUUUUGCCAACAUGAAGAUAGAGCCCCUAAUAUCCUUUUCGUAACACUAGUUGUCACCUUUUUAAACUUGCCUGAUUUUGGAAUGAAGAUAAUUUAUAUACAUUGUUGUUCACUGUUUAGGUUUGUACAUGCUCCGAUGCCAAACAUUUAAAGCUUCCUUGAUCCUGGAUGUUGUCUCAGAGUCAUGGAUAUAAAUAGCCUGCUUGUCCUUACCUCACCUUCCUCACCUUGGAUAACCUAUCAAACACAAGUCCAAGUUGACUGGGUUCCAAUUAGAUGUUCAGUUCAAGGGCCCAUCGUGGCUCACAGUCACGUCUCACUGGGAUACUUAAAAAGGAACAGAGCCGUCGUUAAUGGGAUUACUUCCACCUAUGCUUCACCUGUUAUGAGAAGUCAAAUGGCCUGCUGUGAGAAAAGUAUGUUGUUGUGAUUAUUCGUCUAUGAUUAACACCACAGGACACACGUGAAGGCAGUCAGACUACGUUUCUUUAGGUUAGUCUUGAGAAAAUGUGCUUUCAUUGUAAAUCUAUGCUACACAUCCAGUGACUUAAAGAUUAAUACAGAAGUCUAACCAUAAAUAAUUCAGAUUUCCUUCUUUAUUUUUAUUAUAUAUAUUACAUUCUUUUGUAUCACGAAGCAACUGACACUAAUGCUGCUGGAUGUGAUGAGCCUACUUACAUAACGGAAUAUUAGAAUGUACAUUGUACAAGGUGUGAACUUGGGCUUGUGGUAUAUUUAUACAUCAAAACAUGAGUGCAUGUUUUUGUUUUUAAAUUUUUUUCUUGUUUGCCUGCACAAUGUGACUGCAUGUCAUUUAGUAAUUCAACAGGUCCAUGACGGUCAACCAGAAACACAUUUAUUAUUAGUUUGUACUGUUUUCACUGUUACAUUUUUACCAAUCCUGAUCCAACUAGGUAGAAUACAUCAGAAUAUAACCACAUAAUACAAUUUAUUUCAGUUAUCACCUUGACUUAUAUUUUAAUUAUUUUUUUGAAAUUGUGUUAUAAUAUCUUCAGGAGAGGGCACUGUGGGAAGGCUUUCAGGUUGUUUCCAUGUUGUCUCUUGUUGGGUUACAUACAUCAGACUACUAUUAGUCAUAUGGAAUACUGACCCAAAUUUCAAAAUACAAACACAUUUUAGACCAUGAUUUAAAAAAAUAAGUCAAUUGUGUUGGUUAUUUGUUUGAAGUGCCACAAUAAUACCCAGAGUACGAUUACAGCACUUGAGUAACAUGAGAAUGUAUGAAGAAUUUUAGAUAAUAUCUCCACGUUCAUGACAGAUUAGCACUGUACAACUGAGGAUGAUGUCCAUUCAUUUCAUUGAACUGAACUUACUAAAUUUUGUGUAUUUUUUGCUGUAAUGAUAAUCCAAAUGUUGAUGUAACACAAUCUGCUUAAAGUGUGGUUAAAAACUCAAUUUCUGAAGACUAAUAUCCAUAAUGACAAAACAAAUGUAUAAUUUUAGCCUGAAUUAGCUGCCAAUGUAUUAGCAAUCAUAUUGUCACCAAAUUCAUUGCCAUGUCAUGCCACGGACAAAUCUUUGCCUUAAUUUAAUUUGUAAAAGGUUUGUAUCAUUUCCUUAUUUAUGCAUACUGUUAAAUUUUUGUGUUCAUUGUUGUGUGUUUCAUGUGAAAGUUGAGUGAGAGAACUCAA